GCCAUUAGCGUGCCGUGCUACGAAUUCAUGGCUGCUGCUACACGCCACCGUUGGAAAGGGCCCUUUCAGUCAUGGCAGCUCCCAUGCUUCUUACUGCCCUUCCCCUUCUCAGCUCGAUUGGGAACUCCGUCUCUGUACUACCUUUGCAACCCACUUCAGCAGGCCAAGAUCCUUGGCCACCUCUCCCACCUCUCCCACCACCUCCCGCAUUCCAUCUUCGGACGGCCGAGCGAGGAGCGAACCCCUCACCCGGAGAUCGGUUUUGCAUCACGAACCUGUCGAUUCCUUCCUCCACUGGUCAUUCCCAACCUUCAUGUCCACUACGGCCUACGGUGAUGGCAAAAACUAGCUCUUGAUUUUGCCUUCACCAGGGCCAAUAUGAAGCAAUCAAACGAGGAGCUCCAAAUCCCAGAUGCUCUGAAGUUGAGAUUGCAACGAUAUUGCAAUGUUAGUGUUGAUUUGCUCACCAACCUAAAUUACAUUUCUUUCCUCAUGAAGAUGGAGAGCCGACAACAAGAAGCAAUGGUUUCCUUACCUGGAUACAUUCAGAUCUUAGGUUGGGGUGACAGGUACCAGCAACUAGGUCUCCAAAUGAAAAAGAGGGAAGGUUACAGGAAGAGAGAGGUGCCAGAUGAGAAGAGAAAUGUGCAAGUAUGCUCAUGGCUGCUCAAGAUGAGAAUGGCUCACAGAAUGGAUGCUCACUUUGAAGAAGUGCAGGUCUGCCCUGUUCCUGCAUUCCUUAUGCAACUAUGCUUUCUGAGUCACAAGUUAGAAUUUCAGGCUAAGAAUGAACAGAAGUAUCUUGCGUUGAAGAACAGGCUUUGUGAAAUGAGACUAGAAUCUGAACUCCUGCUGAAACUCAAGCGAACUGUAACCUUUAAUGAAGAGCUGAAGGCAAAACAUGUAAUAGUUUUUGCGGUGAUGAUGCCUGUUAGUCAAGAUUGA